GGGCCCCGGCCUGCGGUCGAGGACGGCGCGCUGCCCCGGGAGCGCGGGCGGUAGGGCGCGCGCGGGGGGCGGCACAGGCGCGCGGGCGGCCGGCGGGCAGCAGGCGGGCCUGCGCCGGCUCUAGGCGGCCGACCUGUGGACUUGGUCCCUGCUCCCUCCGGCCCGCCUCCCUCCGUGCAAAAAAAUUGUACACCAAGAAGCCAUGGAGAAGAGAAGUGUGGAUGGAACAGAAAAUGGAGAUGCUUUCCUUGACCUGAAGAAGCUGCCCACCUCCAGAUCCCCCCAUCGCUACACAAAAGAGGAACUCUUGGAUAUAAAAGAACGUCCCUACUCCAAACGGAGGCCAUCAUGUCUCUCUGAGAAGUAUGACAGUGAUGGUGUCUGGGACCCUGAGAAGUGGCAUGCCUCUCUCUACCCAGCUUCAGGGCGGAGCUCACCAGUGGAAAGUCUAAAGAAAGAGCCAGAAUCAGACCGACCUUCCCUGGUGCGCAGAAUAGCAGAUCCACGAGAACGUGUGAAGGAAGAUGACUUAGAUGUUGUUCUCAGCCCACAGAGACGAAGCUUUGGAGGUGGCUGCCAUGUGACAGCUGCUGUCAGCUCCCGGCGCUCGGGGAGUCCUUUGGAGAAGGACAGUGACGGGCUUCGCCUGCUUGGUGGACGAAGGAUUGGCAGUGGGAGGAUAAUCUCUGCCCGGGCCUUUGAGAAGGAUCAUCGUCUUAACGAUAAGGACCUUCGUGACUUGAGAGACCGAGACAGAGAGAGGGACUACAAGGACAAGCGUUUCAGGAGAGAGUUUGCAGAUAGUAAACGUGUCUUUGGUGAGCGUAGAAGGAAUGAUUCAUACACUGAGGAAGAACCAGAAUGGUUUUCAGCUGGACCGACAAGUCAGUCUGAAACCAUAGAGCUGACUGGCUUUGAUGAUAAGAUACUAGAGGAGGAUCACAAAGGGAGAAAGAGAACAAGGCGGCGGACUGCCUCUGUAAAGGAAGGCAUAGUGGAGUGCAAUGGAGGGGUGGCUGAGGAGGAUGAGGUGGAAGUCAUCCUGGCCCAAGAACCCUCUGCUGAUCAGGAAGUUCCAAGGGAUAUUGUCCUACCCGAGCAGUCCCCAGGAGAAUUUGACUUCAACGAGUUCUUUAACCUGGACAAGGUGCCGUGCUUGGCUUCGAUGAUAGAAGAUGUUCUGGGAGAAGGGUCAGUCUCUGCCAGCCGCUUCAGUAGGUGGUUCUCUAACCCAAGCCGGUCAGGGAGCAGAUCCAGCAGCCUCGGAUCCACUCCCCAUGAAGAACUUGAGAGACUCGCAGGUCUGGAGCAAGCCGUCCUCUCUCCUGGACAGAACUCGGGGAAUUAUUUUGCUCCUAUACCAUCAGAAGACCAUGCUGAAAAUAAAGUGGACAUUUUAGAAAUGCUACAGAAAGCCAAAGUGGACUUAAAACCUCUUCUUUCUAGCCUUUCUGCAAAUAAAGAAAAACUUAAGGAGAGCUCACAUUCAGGGGUGGUACUUUCAGUGGAAGAAGUAGAAGCAGGGCUCAAGGGCUUGAAAGUGGACCAGCAAAUGAAGACUUCAACUCCCUUCAUGGCAGAACAUUUAGAGGAGACACUGAGUGCUGUAACUAGCAAUCGACAACUCAAGAAAGAUGGAGAUAUGACUGCAUUCAACAAGCUAGUGAGCACCAUGAAGGCAAGCGGGACUUUGCCUACUCAGCCCAAAGUCAGUCGAAACCUUGAAAGUCACUUGUUGGCCCCUGCUGAGAUUCCAGGCCAGCCUGUCCCUAAAAACAUUCUACAGGAACUUCUGGGUCAGCCAGUUCAGAGACCUGCUUCUUCCAAUCUUCUCAGUGGCCUUAUGGGAAGCUUGGAGCCUACCGCAUCUUUAUUGAGCCAAAGAGCGCCCUCUCCUCCUAUGACACAGGUGUUUCAGACUCGCGCAGCCUCAGCAGAUUACCUUCAUCCAAGGAUACCAUCACCAAUUGGUUUCCCAUCAGGACCCCAGCAGCUACUUGGAGAUCCAUUCCAAGGCAUGCGCAAGCCCAUGAGCCCUGUCACAGCCCAGAUGAGCCAGCUAGAACUGCAGCAGGCUGCCUUGGAGGGGCUGGCCCUACCGCAUGACCUUGCAGUACAGACAGCACCUUUCUACCAGCCUGGUUUUAGCAAACCACAAGUGGACAGAACCAGAGAUGGACUCAGAAGCAGGCAACAGCGAGUGACAAAGUCACCAGCACCCAUGCACCGAGGAAAUUCCUCUUCCCCAGCUCCGGCUGCCUCCAUCACAAGCAUGCUUUCCCCUUCCUUCACCCCUACCUCAGUGAUCCGGAAGAUGUAUGAAAGCAGAGAGAAAAGCAAGGAGGAAAUAGCACCAGGAACAGUGGUUCCUGGUGAUGGUAAAGAGGAUACGCAGAAGGCCAGCGAAGAGAACCUGCUAUCAUCCAAUCCCAUACCCAAUACUGAUCAAGACUCUUCUCCUACGACAAAUCCUAAACUUUCGACAUUACAGCGGUCUUCGUGCCCUACCCCACUGUCCCAGACCAACCGUUAUACCAAAGAACAAGAUUAUCGACCUAAAGCAGCUGGAAGGAAAACGCCCACCUUGGCAUCCCCGGUUCCAGGAACACCUUUUCUCCGACCUACCCACCAAGUUCCCCUCGUCCCUCAUGUUCCUAUUGUUCGGCCUGCUCACCAGCUUCACCCUGGGUUAGUCCAAAGGUUGAUAGCCCAAGGAGUACAUCCACAGCAUCUUCCAAGUUUGCUCCAAGCUGGUGUGCUUCCUCCUGGGAUGGACAUGGCUCCUUUACAGGGACUAUCUGGCCCACUGCUGGGUCAACCCUUGUACCCUUUCUCUGCUGCUAGUCACCCUCUCCUAAGCCCUCGUCCUGGGACCCCUCUGCAUCUGGCAGUGAUGCAGCAGCAGCUACAGCGUUCAGUUCUGCAUCCUCCAGGCUCUGGUUCCCAGGCAGCAGCUCUCAGCGUUCAGACUCCUCAGAACGUGCCCAGCAGGUCAGGCCUGCCCCACAUGCACUCCCAGCUAGAGCAUCGCACCAGCCAAAGGAGCAGCUCCCCUGUGGGCCUUGCCAAAUGGUUUGGCUCAGAUGUGCUACAGCAGCCUCUGCCCUCCAUGCCUACCAAAGUCAUCAGUGUAGAUGAACUGGAAUACAGACAGUGAGCAGGGUGGGCAGGCUCACCCAUGUCUGGACCUGUGGUGGCACCCUGGUCAUGACUCAUUCCCCAUCUUUGUUUAUGGGCUUUUAGAUUGGAGCACACUGUGUGAAGAUGUUUAGGGGACCCACAUACCUACAUUAUGACAGAAGGCUACUAAAUUAUCAAAUGGAGCCUACAUGGUCCACGUACGGGGGGGCACAGUAUUGUCAGUCCUGUAAAGUCUUUCUUUUAUAAAAUAUGUGAAUGAAGUGUUGGUGUCUAGAGGUGACACCUAAGGGUUCUAAGAAAAUAAAAUGUAUAGACCCUUAUUAUGUACAGACCUGUGUAUAGACUUUUGUACAUACAUAUAGGAUAGCUUUUUUGAACUUAUACAUACAGCUGUACAUAAAGUAGCUAUUAGUUAGGCCUGUGUCAACUGUUUGGAUUUUUUUUUUUUUCACUUGUAUAUUUGGGACUUUUUCUUUUGGUUUAUUAAAGUUGCAUAUGCCACGUGUGUGAACAAAGUAACUGGUACUGUGUUUAUUUCCCCCAUGAAUCUCAGUUUCUAACACAGAAACAAGAUAUUUGAUUUUAGCUUAGAAGUUCUGGAGUUUUUCCUGAACAUAAAGUAUAGAUUGUAGCAAAUACAAGGGUAUCUUAACUAAAGGUUUUCCAAUCCUUUUCUUACACUUAUUUUCACGUUAAUUUACCCAAUUACUAGGUAAUUAUGGACAUGGGGCCAUAUAUGCUAUUUUAACUCCACUGUAGAGAUUAAAAUUAAACCAUUCUCUUUCUUUCAUAGUACUCUGUCAGAUUUUUACUAUAAGGAUAAACAUAGUCUGUGGCUCCCUCCCAAGUCUUGACAAUAGUAUAAUCUUUCAAAUGCCCACUCUGCUCUGCACUGGGAGACAAGGGAUCACUCUUCAACAAUGCCUGGCUGUGAAUUAAGAUGAGUGCAAUCUCGUGCUUCCAAGCUUAUUAGAUAUGCUCAGGCUCUUAGAGACUCCUCAGCCUCAGAAACCUGCUGUGUAGAUUGACACAAAAGAAUCUGGAAAAGCAAUUGCAACUGUCAAUGGAGGAACACUAGUGCACUUUCCCCACGUGUCCGGCUGAGGCAACAGAGGACGCGUCAGGUUGAAGCUGGUAGAACAGAUUAAGACAAAUGAAGCCACAGACUAACUGGCAAGAUGAAGCAGAAAGGAAGCAAGGGCAUUAAGCCUAAGCAGAAGCUAGACAGACUGAAGAAAGGUGGAAGAAGCUAUAAGAGUUAAUGGUCAGUUUUGCCUACCUGAAACUUCAAUACAUAAAGACAGUGUUCCAGGGGCUAGGGCCUUACAGAAAAACAAACAGGAAGAAAUGCUUAGGGCAAAAACAGAGGUCUUAAGCCAGGUGCGGUGCCUCACGAGUGUACUCCAGUUACUUCAUCAAGUUAACGCAGGAGGAUCACCUGGAGCUCCAGGCCAGCCAGCCGGAGGUUCCAGCCACACU